AUGACCGCGAAGCACGAUUCCGAGGCCACCGUAGCCGUCAACGUCGAGGAGUUGCGUAACUCCAAGGAUGCAGUUAUCAUGCGCCUCAUGGCUCUGCAAUCCUACAUUGCCGACCUGAGCAAGGCCUACGUGGAGCACGUCAACAAUGUUAUCACCGGUGGCCCUGCUACCAUCGACAUUCCUGCCAUGCCCACUGGUCUGACCUACCACGCAGAGCCUACCCGCGCCGCGAGCCCCAGCCUCAAGGUCGAGGCUGGCGCUCUGAAGAAGCGCAAGCGUGCGCCAGUGGACCCAAAUGCGCCCAAGCGUGCUCUGACUCCGUACUUCCUGUACAUGCAGCAGAACCGCACCAAGAUCGCUGAGGAUCUGGGUGGUAGCGCCAAGCCUAAGGAUGUUGCCGACGAGGGAACUCGUCGCUGGCAGACCAUGGAUCCCAAGGAGAAGGAGCUCUACAAGUCGCAGUACCUCGAGAACUACGAGGCAUACAAGGUUGAAAUGGCCGCUUACAAGGCCGGUCGCAAGACGGGCGAUGACGAUGCUGCCAAUGACCAACUCCAGGCUGGUAUUAUCGCGCACGCAGAGUCCGAGUCUUCCGACUCGGAGACCUCCGAAUCUGAAGAGGAAGAGGUGGAGGAGUCCCCUUCUCCCCCUCAGCCCGUCAAGCAGAAGACCCCUCCUAAGAGUGCCGGUGCUAAGCGCCGUCGUAGCGAUGUCAAGGCCGUGAAGGAGGUGGCCGAGUCUCCCGUUAAGCCAGCUUCACCCGUGAAGAAGGGCCGCAAGGCCGCGGAACCUGCCUCGGUCAAGUCUACCCCUGCGGAGACCAAGCGCAAGACCAAGAAGCGCAAGAGUGAGGCUUAA